GACGGAAUAUAUCAUUCAUUUGAAUGCCACAUAGACCUCUCUGAUCGCCCUGCCCAGAGCUGGCACCACUGUCUCUGCUCGACACAAAACACCGCCUCUUCUAGUUUGUCGAGUCGCCGCAUUCCAUUGGCCCUCUGCUGCAGCCCGCUAGAGAAUUUCGCCAUGGCGACUGAGAAUCUGGUUGAUCAUUCCCCCCACCACCCGGACCCUGCACCCCCGGUGGCCACGGCAUCCAACCUUGUCCUCAUUGACAACUACGACUCCUUCACCUGGAACGUCUACCAGUAUCUUGUCCUCGAGGGUGCCAAGGUCACCGUCUUUCGCAAUGAUCAGAUCUCCCUCGAGGAGCUGAUUGCGAAACAGCCUACCCAGCUGGUCAUCAGCCCCGGUCCUGGCCAUCCCGGCACCGACUCCGGCAUCAGCAGAGAUGCCAUUAGGCAUUUCGCCGGCAAGAUCCCCAUAUUUGGGGUCUGCAUGGGCCAGCAGUGUAUCCUCGACGUCUACGGGGGCGACGUCUCCUUUGCCGGAGAAAUCCUCCACGGCAAGACCUCGCCACUCACCCACGACUCCCGAGGUGUCUAUGCAAACAUGGCCCAGGGUCUCCCGGUAACGAGAUAUCACUCCCUGGCUGGCACGCACGUCACACUCCCCCAAUCUCUCGAGGUGACGUCCUGGAUUCCCAAGGCCGAUGGCACCAAGGGUGUCAUCAUGGGCGUCCGUCACAAGGAAUUCGUCAUCGAGGGUGUCCAAUUUCAUCCCGAGAGCAUCUUGUCCAAAGACGGCCGCAUCAUGAUCAAGAACUUCCUGCACAUGCAAGGCGGAACCUGGGCUGAGAACGAGCGCAUCCAGAAGCUGUCUGCAGCCAAAGCACACAGAGAUCCGGCUCAAGCUACCAUACCCGUGCCUUCGAAGAAGCAAGGCAACAUUCUUCAGCAAAUUUACGACAGGAGGAAAGAGCUUGUCGCCGCGCAAAAACGGCUUCCGUCACAGCGCCCCGGAGACCUGCAAGCGGCAUAUGACCUGAACGCCGCGCCGCCCCAGAUCUCAUUCGUUGAGCGGCUGCGGCAAACACCUUUCAACUUGUCCCUGAUGGCUGAGAUCAAGCGCGGAUCACCGUCAAAGGGCGUCUUCGCCCUCGACAUUGACGCCCCAACGCAGGCAAAGAAAUAUGCUCUUGCUGGGGCUAGUGUCAUUUCCGUCUUGACGGAGCCAGAUUGGUUCAAGGGAAGCAUUGAGGACCUCAAGGCAGUGCGCCAAGUCCUCCAUGCCAUGCCCAAUAGACCAGCGAUCCUGCGCAAGGAGUUCAUCUUUGAGGAGUAUCAGAUCCUUGAGGCACGUCUUGCCGGUGCUGAUAGCGUCCUCCUGAUUGUGAAGAUGCUCGAUUUUGAGCUACUCACGCGAUUGUACAAGUACUCCCAGUCGCUGGGAAUGGAGCCCCUGGUGGAGGUGCAGAACGCCGAGGAGAUGGAUAUCGCAGUCAAGCUAGGGUCCAAAGCCAUUGGCGUCAACAACCGCAACCUUGAGACUUUCGACGUGGACCUCAACACGACGAGCAGGCUACGCAGCCUUGUGCCCAAGGAGACCGUCAUUUGUGCUCUCAGCGGAAUCAACACCCAUGAGGAUGUGAUGGCGAACCACAAGGAUGGCGUCAACGCCGUGCUCGUCGGCGAGGCCAUUAUGCGCGCGCCCGAUGCGUCCGAGUUCAUCCAGCAGCUAUGUAGCGGCAAGGUGACCAAGGAAAAGUCGCCAGUCGAUUCGCUCCUCGUCAAGAUCUGCGGCACACGGACGCCCGAGGCCGCCCUCGUCGCGGCUGAAGCCGGCGCCGACCUUGUCGGCAUCAUCCUCGCUCCCGGCAGAAAGCGCACGGUUAGUGACGAGGCCGCGCAGGCCAUUUCCAAGGCUGUCCACAGUUUCUCGCGGCCCGCGUCCGCAAACGGCAACCGCUUCCCGGCCAACAACAUUGCGCGAGACUUCUUCGCCUCCGCGACGCAGAAGAUCACGGCAGUCGGGCGCACGAGACCUCUGCUUGUCGGCGUGUUCCUGAACCAGCCCCUAUCAGAGGUCCUCGAGCUGCAGCGCAAGUACAAUCUCGACAUUGUGCAGCUCCACGGCAGUGAGCCCAUCGAGUGGGCCAGCCUGAUCCCCGUCCCCGUCAUCCGGCGCUUCACGGCAGGCGCGCCGGGAGUCGGCGCCAGAGGCUACCACGUUGUGCCGCUCUUCGACCCCGGUGCCGGGUCCGGGCAGCUACUGGACGCAGUGGAUGUCAAAGCUACUCUUGCCAAGGAUCCGGAGCUGCGUCUGUUGCUUGCAGGCGGCUUAGACCCCGCCAACCUGUCCGAAGUUGUCAAGAACGUGGGUGCUGACGCGGAGCGGGUCAUCGGCGUAGAUGUUAGCAGCGGUGUUGAGGAUAGCAACGGCGAGCAGAGCCUGGACAGGAUACGGGAGUUCGUUUCCGUCGCGAAGGGCCUGCGGUAAUCAUUCCUAGCUGUUGACAAUAAGAAACUUUAUGUGGGAGUAACGACGGAUGAUUGCGAGGGUGACGUUUGAUGUGGUUAUGAGAGUUCAACGACUGCUUUCAGGUGCUCGCCUGUAUCUAUCUGCAAUGCUUUGAAGAAAGUACUGUCAUCGAGAAUCCGAUGUCCUCAUCUCGCAGGUAGUGAUUGUUAUACAGUACAAGGCCUCAAAGUUGGCAGUCUCGUAUCACAUAGUCAUAUUGCGAGGGACUUUAAAACAU